AUGGUGAGCAGCGCACCGAGCGCGGAGAAGGCCAUGGCGCCGACAGCAGCGGGGUGCGUGGGGCGCGAGGAACAGCAUAUCGCACGGUAUACGUACAUGGUGAGCAGCGCACCGAGCGCGGAGAAGGCCAUGGCGCCGACAGCAGCGGGGUGCGUGGGGCGCAGGAACAGCUCGGGCACGCCGGCACAGCGCGCGCGCUCCGCGUCGGGCAGCGUGCCGCGCGGGCACUCCGCGCACGCCGUCUCCGAUACCGGUGACCGGAUCUGCAACGACCACCGCCAGCAUCAUACAGUUUUAAAAAAUAUAAAUAAGACUAAAUAUCAUUAG